AGAGCCCCUUUAUUUCUGAAACGAGAAGGGGAAUUACUGGUACCAAAAUUCACGUUUCCUUUUUGGUGACAUUCUCCAGCCAAGCUUGGCGUUAACAGAGUAGGCGAUUUCACUUCGUCACCUCACAAAAGACUUCCAAAUUCACUGCGGCAGACACCGCAAAAUAAAAAUGUUAAAUACAUCCUUGCUGGGAGGGGAUUGAAGCCUCCACACUCAAUCAAAGGUUUGCAAUAAUAGGAUUCAUAAAAAAAAAAAAAAAAGAAAGAAAGGACAGAUGGGAUUAGGAAAUGUUGCAGUGAAGACUGUGGAAUGAGAUGAGCUCACAGCACCAGCCUGUCUUUUGUGGACCUGCACAAUGAUCCCCGAGCCAGACUGGAUUAGGAAACCUCGCAACUAGGGGUCCAGAGAGAGAGGCCUCCGGUUCCCAGGCACUUCGGGGAGAGAAGGCAGAAACGAUGCAUCAGAUUUACAGCUGCAGUGACGAAAACAUAGAAGUUUUCACCACCGUGAUUCCUUCCAAGGUGUCCAGUCCAGCCAGAAGAAGAGUCAAAAGUUCUCAACACCUCUUGACCAAGAAUGUGGUGAUCGAAUCGGACCUGUACACACCCCGGCCCCUGGAGCUGCUGCCUCACCGUGGCGACCGCAGGGACGCGGGCGACAGCCGCAGGUUCGGAAGGCUCCAGAAUGCGCGGCCCGGAGCCCAUUCCGCCAAAACCCCUGCCAGGCCCGGGGGGAUUUCUGAACCCAAAGCAUCAAAUCUGUGUGGGAAUCGAGCAUAUGGAAAAUCUUUGAUUCCUCCAGUGCCCCGGAUAUCUGUGAAAGCUCCAGUGGAUGCGGCAGCCACAGGAUCAGAGAAGGGAGGUGUUCUGAUGAGAGGAUCCAGACAUCUCAAGAAGAUGACCGAAGAGUAUCCAACCCUUCCCCAAGGAGCAGAAGCUUCCCUACCACUGACAGGCAGUGCUUCCUGUGGUGUCCCCAGCAUCCUCCGAAAAAUGUGGACAAGGCACAAGAAGAAGUCUGAAUAUGUGGGAGCCACCAACAGCGCCUUUGAGGCUGACUAAAGGUGACCCUCCCCAAGUGUCCAGCAUCAGCCGAGGUUCACUGGACAAGGGGAGAAAGCUUCAGGAUUGGAACUGAGCCACACUCACCUCUGCUAAUAGCUGAUCCAAACACAUCAUCCUCCCUCACUAACUAGAUCAUCCUGGCUUAGAGCACAGGAGAGAAACAUCCCUUGAAGGCAAAAUAAAACUGUUCCUUCUUAGAAUUGCUAAUAUCAUUAGUCUGAAAGUGACUUUGGGAGGUCAUAAAGUUUAUAUUCCUAUCUUUAAGCAAAACCACACUGAAAUCAAGCUUAUCCAGCCCAUUUGAAAGCCCUCCAAGGAAGGAAGAAGGUGGUUCCUCUGUCUUCCUUGUGAGUUGUUCUAAAGUAUGUGAUUUUUAGUGUAAAUUAAUCUUAAGGCUCUUAUGAACACCAUGGUUCUUACUAUUCCCAUGAUCACAUUUAUGUCACCUUGAUGAGGUACAAUUUUUAAGAACAAAGCACUAUAUAUUAACUAAAUAGUUCUAACAUCCACUUGAGAGUAUCAUCAAGAUUGAUUUUGAUGGCUACUUGGCAUGAUUGCAUGAAUUCUUUAUUCUUUUAUGUGCAGUUUUUCUACAAAAAAACAUUAAAAGUUAAAUGUUGAAUGCUAA